GUCUCCACACGCCAGUCGCGCUCCGACCGCGCCACCCGCCGCACGCUCCUCGCGCCCCGCGCGUCUCUCGCGACACCACGGCCGCUCAGGCUCGAUCCCCGCUGCACUCCCGUUCGGACCCCAUGCGCACCUGACAUCGCCUGUCGCACCGCCCCGGCUCCACCGACCACAAAAUGAUCCCGCGCCGCAAGCACAACGCCUCCUCCGGCUCGCUGCCGCCGCCCGACGACAAGCACGCCAGCAACGACUACAUCCUGUCUGACAGCGAGUCUCGGUGCGGAUGGCGCGCAGCGGUGCGCCGCCGCUUUAACCGCAAGACUCUGCACAAGAGGCUGCCCGUGACGUCAUGGCUCCCGCAGUACAACGCAGAGCAGGCGGUGGGCGACCUCAUCGCCGGCAUCACCGUGGGGCUGACCGUGAUCCCGCAGUCGCUGGCGUACUCCAACAUCGCGGGGCUGCCGCCGCAGUACGGGCUGUACGGCUCGUUCCUGGGGUGCUUCGUGUACAUAGUGCUGGGCGGCUGCCGCGCCGUGCCCGCGGGCCCUACGGCCAUCGCGUCGCUACUCACGUACCAGGUGGCCGGCGGCGUGGUGGAGAAGGCGAUCCUCCUCAACUUCCUGACGGGGCUGGUGGAGUUGCUCAUGGGCGUGCUGGGCCUGGGCUUCCUCAUUAACUUCGUGUCCGGCCCGGUGUCGUCUGGCUUCACGUCGGCGGUCGCGCUUAUGAUUGCCACUUCCCAGGUCAAGGACUUGUUCGCGAUCUCCGUCAGCGGCACCACGUUCUUACAACAGUGGAUUUCUAUUUUCCGCAACCUACAUGCGGCCUCGCUGUGGGACCCGGUGCUUGGGUUUACAUGUAUUGCCGUCUUACUCUUUCUGCGGAAAAUAGGAAUGAUCAAACUGGGCUGCAAGUCUGAAGACGGUCCUAGCACGAAACAGAAAGUGAUCACCAAGGGUUUGUGGCUGAUCAGCACUUGCCGCAACGCCAUCGUGGUGGUGGUGACCGGAGUGCUCGGCUACUGGUUCGUCGCCGAAUACGGCACUUCGCCCGUGCGGCUCAUGGGAGCGAUUCCGUCGGGCGUGCCAAUACCGCAGCUGCCGCCGUUCAGCUACGUGCGCGCCGACAACUCCACGGCUGACUUCCUAGACAUGGUGUCGGAAUUGGGCUCGGGACUGCUAGUCAUCCCUCUCAUCGUUCUGCUGGAGGACAUCGCCAUUUGCAAGGCCUUUUCUGACGGACGGACUAUCGACGCCACUCAAGAGAUGAUCGCUCUAGGCGUGGCCAGCGUCGCUAACUCGUUCAUGCAGGCAUAUCCAGGAGGCGGCUCGCUAGCGCGCUCCGUGGUCUCCAACGGCUCCGGCGUCAAGACCACCCUCAAUGGCGUGUACACCGGAGUCAUGGUUAUCCUGGCGCUGCAGUUCUUUACGCAAUACUUCGGCUACAUCCCUAAAGCGGCGCUGGCGGCGGUCAUCGUCUCGGCCAUUCUUUUUAUGGUUGAAUAUAAUGUCAUCAAACCUAUGUGGCGAGCGAAAAAGUUGGACUUAAUCCCGGGAGUGGGUACGUUCGUGCUGUGCCUGACGCUGCCCAUCGAGCUCGGCAUCUUGACCGGCGUCAUCGUGAACAUCAUCUUCAUCCUGUACCACGCCGCGCGGCCCAAGCUGUCGGUAGAGAUGCUCAAGACGGAGCACGGCGUGGAGUACCUGAUGAUCACGCCGGACCGCUGCCUCAUGUUCCCGUCCGUGGACUACGUGCGGCGGCUGGUGACCAAGCACGCGGCCAGCAGCUCCGUGCCCGUCGUGAUCGAGUGCACGCACAUCUACAGCGCGGACUACACGGCCGCCAAGAGCAUCGAGCAGCUGACGGGCGACUUCCACGCGCGCCGCCAGCCGCUCUACUUCUACAACGUGAAGCCGUCAGUGUGCUCCAUCUUCGAGGCCGUGGCCAAGCCCGAGCACUUCGUGGUGUUCUACGAGGACGAGGAGCUGGACCGGCUGCUGGCCGCCGACGAGCGUCUGGCGCGGCCCGAGCCCACCAAGCUGGCGCCGCUGCCGCCCGCCUAGACUACCUGUAAACUUACUUGUGAUACGCCGUACCUUACGCGAGACGAUAUUUUUUGAGAUUGAUUUGACGGAGUGUGAUAUUUAGAUAAAAUCAGAACUUAUUUGUUAUACUUGUAAGGAAUAAUUAUAUGUAUACUGUAGUAGCGACUGUACAUGCGUUCUCCUCUGAGCAGUUCGCUCAUCCAUCGUCGCGCAAACGCCUCGAUGUAAAAUUAUCUUGUUGUGUACAUACGUAGAAGUACUAAUAUUUUGGUAGGCAAUUAGUCUGAGAGCUUAUGGCUGUGCGAGCUGUGAUCCGGCGGCCCGCCCCUCCCAGCCGCCUGUGCCUGACCCGCAGGGUGCCUGAUGUUCCUAAACAAUCUGUAUCGAUACUGGCACUAAGUGUGAAUUUCCAACCAUCGAGUCUCUCGGAAUAAUAUAAAACAUAAGACUUAAAAAGGUUUUACGAUAAAAUAAGACAUUUUGCUUUCCGAGUACCGUCGCAUUGUUUCUCGGAACGCAAACAAUUUACUUGUGGCGGAGCAAGGAACUGGCGUACGGCACGAGAAUUGUAAAUUGUCAGGGGUGGCAGGGUUCUGGGGGCUGCUAUGUGUGCCACGAGUGGUUGUGUCGCUCAUGCUUCUUCGGAGGGUUAAGCAAUCCCUCGACGAUAAUAUCAAACUUACAUUUAAUAAGUAGGGACUAAACAGUAACAGAACGUGAUAGCUAUCGGUAGAUGAGUAAGCAUUGAUCUAUUUAUUUGUAGGAAAUAAAGUACAAGUUAGGAUACUGUCAUUACUUUAUCAUUAAGGAUUAAGAAUGAAGCUUUAACUGGCCGUGGAGGCGAGUGCGGCCGCGCUGCUGCAGCCGCGCUCCGCGGCUCGAGUAGGAUUUAUCCAUUAUUUUGUGAUCCUCUACUAAUAUGUACGUUAAGUAAUAAAUUUAUUUUCGAGAUAAUAAAAUUAAUUAUAAAUACCUAUUAUGUAUAUUAUAUAAUAUGGAAGUUAGGUACCUAUGUAACGAUUGUGAUGUAUUUGUAUGAGUGUGAUGGUUGUAGUGCCGCGAAAGGUUCAUGAAUUUAUUCAGUCACAGUUCUAAGAACAAAAUUAAAUAAACUCUUUAAGAGUAACUAUACCUACA